AUGUCCAAGGACUUCAAGAUGCCUCCCCUCGAUAAGUAUGACGGAUCUUUUGAUCCCAAUGACCACGUGGACUCCUUUCAGUCCCAGAUGCACCUAGUUGGGGUUGACGAGUCCUGCAUGUGCGUGGCUUUCUCCACCACAUUCAAAGGAGUAGUUCGCACAUGGUAUCGGAACCUCACACCAGGAUCGAUCAAGAGUUGGGCACAGUUCAUGGAGUUAUUCACCUCGCACUUCAUCACCAGCAAGAAGUGUUCGAGGUUCCAAGAGAGUCUCCUUAAUGUAGUUCAAAGAGAAGGGGAGUCCAUCAGAAGCUACAUCAAACGUUUCAAUGACACAUGCCUACAGAUACCCAACUUAGAUCCAACGGUGAGACUCACGGCAGCAAAAAAGGGCAUAACUCACAGGGAAUUCAAAUGGCAUGUGGUGGCCAACAAGCCAAAAAAUAUCACGGCAUUCCUCAAGCUCACCGACCAGUUAAUUGGAACCGAGGAAGAGAUGAACCCGAAGACCGACAAUCUAGCUGAGAAGAGAAAAAGAGAUGGUGACAAUACCGGUAACGACAGUCAUAAGAGAAGAAAGAGCAAGUCUCCGAGCAGGGGAAGAAACAAGUCUAGAAGUCGAUCUCCUUUGCGAUCUCACAAGUCAGGUCAACGCUCCAGAACCCCACCUGUUGAAAGGACGAGCUACACACCCCUCAACGCUAAACGAGGUGAAAUCCUGUUGGCCAUCAAAGACUCCUUUUUUGUCAAGUGGCCACCUAAGUUGAGGGGAGAUCUUGCAACCAGAAACCGAAACGUCUACUAUCACUUUCACAGAGACCAUGGACACAGUACAGAGAACUGUAGAAACCUCCGCGACGAGAUAGAGGAGCUCAUCCGCCACGGAUAUUUGAAGAACUUCAUACAACGAGAAGGAAGAAGCCAAGCAGACUGCCAACCAGACCGAUAG